AUGGACUGGCUGAGCAGCAAUAGCAGCAGUCGAAUGGUGGUUGUAAUAGUGUUGCUUCUAUUAUUAAUUGCAGAAAUACACAAUGCUUCGGCGCUAAAAUGUUAUCACUGCACGGUAGCACCACCGAGUCGGCAUCAGAACAACACCAAAACGCAACUAUGCUCCAAAUUUGACGAAUCAAGCUAUUAUGAGGUGGAUUGUCCAUGGUCCACCAUGUGUAUGAAACGCAUCUUUAAGCUGCAGUUGCUCAAGGGCGAACAGGAGACCGUAAGUCGCGGUUGUGCCCAACAAAAGAACACAGAACAGGUCUACAAAUCUGGUGCCUGGACGCCACAGCACAACAUCGAGGAACCGUACUCGGAGGGAUGCCAAACGAUAGACGAUUCUACGUAUUGUUUCUGCCGGGGAUCCCUGUGCAACUCGGCUACGAAAACCACGGACAGAAGCAACUACCAUGCGGACGCGAUGGCGGUCAUCUUCGUGUUCAACGUGAUGAAGUACAUCCGCUGCAUGGAGCAUUGAGCUUUGUGCGGGGUCGACACCAUAGCAAGUAAUCGACAGGUUUCAAGAUCUGAUCUGAAUGUGAUAUUGAAGUGCUGUCCAAAGCGAUACUCUUCGAAAAAGAAAAUGCUUUUUGAUUUUAA